CGUCAGUUCAUAGUAAAUUUUUCAAUCCGCCCAGUCGGACGUUUGGACAGUUUCCUUCCUCGCGCCGGUCGAUAAUGUCAGUCAACUAGUACCGACCUGUAGCACGUCAUUCGCAUCAUCGUAGAAUCACAACCAGCCCUAUCAACCGAAAUGGGUCAGAAAGUUUCGCGCACCGACUUCGAGUGGGUGUACACGGAGGAGCCGCACGCCUCGCGACGCAAGAUCAUCCUGGAGAAGUACCCGCAGAUAAAGAAACUUUUCGGUCACGAUCCCAAUUUUAAGUAUGUGGCCGGCUUAAUGGUGCUUACCCAGAUAUUGGCACUUUUCGUAGUGAAGGAUCUUUCAUGGUCAUGGCUUUUAGUGGCCGCCUAUUGCUUCGGAGGCAUUAUAAACCAUUCGCUGAUGUUGGCCGUGCAUGAGAUUUCGCACAAUCUGGCCUUUGGACACAGCAGGCCCAUGCACAACCGGAUUCUGGGCUUUAUUUGUAACCUGCCAAUCGGCUUGCCAAUGAGCAUUUCCUUCAAGAAGUACCACCUGGAACAUCACCGUUACCAAGGUGACGAGACAAUUGACACUGACAUACCCACACUGCUGGAGGCGCGCCUAUUCGACACCACUUUCGGAAAGUUUUUGUGGGUUUGUUUGCAACCUUUCUUCUACAUUUUCCGUCCACUUGUAAUAAAUCCGAAGCCACCUACUCGUCUGGAGAUUAUCAACACCGUUGUCCAGCUAACUUUUAACGCUCUGAUCGUUUACUUCUUGGGCUGGAAGCCACUGGCCUAUUUGCUGAUCGGUAGUAUUCUCGCCAUGGGCUUGCACCCCGUGGCCGGACACUUCAUUUCGGAGCACUACAUGUUUGCCAAGGGCUUCGAGACAUAUUCUUACUACGGCCCGCUUAACUGGAUUACCUUUAAUGUGGGCUACCACAAUGAGCAUCAUGACUUCCCGGCUGUACCCGGGUCACGACUGCCCGAGGUCAAGCGCAUCGCCAAGGAAUUCUACGACACAAUGCCACAACACACCAGCUGGACCAGGGUUCUUUAUGACUUCAUCAUGGACCCAGCGGUGGGACCAUACGCCCGCGUAAAGCGUCGCCAGCGCGGCCUGGCCUCCUAAACAAUCGAUGCUAUUCAAGGUUUCCUGCCAUGAAUGUAAUCUCAGCGUUAGACCUAAAGCGGCUUUUUAUGUAUAUAUACACCGUAGAGACAUUUACAGCGGACGCAGAAGAGUUGAAGCAGGCAACCAAACACAUAGCACCUGCUAAUCUUCAGUGAUUAGAUAAAGUUCACUCAAUUCGAACAAUUUUGUGUAUACAGUUUUGGUAUUAAUGCUAGAACGUGAACUUAGUUUGACUCGUUGGCCUGACUAAGGAGCACUUUCGAGCGCUUUAAUUAAUUGUUACCUCAUAAGUUGGAAAGCCUGUUAAAUCUAGUGUGUAAUACAUGUCCUAUUAUACUAUUAUCUUAGUAUUUUCGAUACAUAUUUAUAUUGCUUUCAAAUCAUAAAUGUAAAGCCACAAAUUGGAGUGUUUUGUCCCUUAUCGUCACUCCGGGCGGCAGUAAACUACUAAUCAACCGAGCAACUACUAUUUUUGAUAGCCUCUUGAAACGGAUACCUAAGAAUAAAGUCAAAGUGAUUUGCCUGGGGUGGCUGCAUGUACGGAAUACAGUUGAAACUUUUGAGCAAAACUAUAUAAUAAAUGGCAAAAUCCCAAAGUUA